AAACUUAAACUGGAUUGAAACUCAUUCUUAAAUCCUUUUGAUAAAUUGCAAUAUUAACUAUGCAUACAGAGAUUAUAGUUUGGUUAUUAAAGUUUAAUCUCGGAGAAAUAAAGUGAGACUAAAAAUUUUUUACUUAAACUGUUUCAGAAGAUAUGCAUGCAUGUGAUUGUCUACACAUUUUUUUUUAUCUCGAUCAACAAAUCUCACUGAGAUUAUAGCUAGGUGUAAGAUAUUUGGCUUUCAGUUUAUUUCCAUAAUAUAUAUGUAUAUGCUUCAGAGUAUACUUGCACGGAUAUACAAAUACAAAUAUUUUAUUGACAAAAACACAUGCAGUUACAAUAAUUGGCAAAGGCCCAGUGAAUAUAUUAAGAACACCAUUGUAUGUUUACAAUAACUGUAUGUACAGUAUUAAACUCUGUCCCGAGUUUUUGCUUCCACCACUUUUUGCUUGAUAUUUCAAUAUUAAAUAGUAAAUACCUUUGUGCUCAAACUAUGUUCAUCCACUACAAUAAAAAAUGUCCAGAUUAUCUGUUUUGAAACGCCCCCUAUACCGUCUCAGGUUUAAAUACACAUCCCGAAAUUGAAAGUCUACGGAGAUUUUGCAUUGCAACAGCCAUUAAUAAGCCCUGAUGAUAACGUUAAAAAAUUGCGCGAUGUAUUCCGAGUGUAUUCCGAAUAGAGAGAAGAUGUAAACAUUCCCCAUUAUAAAUCUCCGUAAGGAAUCUGUUUUCAUUCCUGUGAAAUUUUCUGAGUGGAAAGGGAUAAUUGUUCAAUGAAGAUAUCUUGGAUAUAUUCCUUUUUAACGAUUUCAACUGUAUUUCUAUCACAGCUUAAGAGAGUAAAAAUGGCUCAUCCACAGCCAGAGCAGAGAGGUGAAUGGAUCGAGGUGAAAAUAUUAGGCUCUGGGGGUUUUGGUCAGGUUGUUCUUUGGAAACAUGAAAGUAGGGACGACUUCAUAGCCCUGAAAAAAUGUCGAGUACAGAGCGAAAUGAACCAAAAACACAAAGAACGCUGGACUCUGGAGGUGGAUAUUAUGAAACGCUUGGACCACCCCAACGUCAUAGCAGCUAAAGAUGUCCCCCCGGAACUGAAUGUCCACGUAGGGGAGAUGCCAUUGCUGGCCAUGGAAUAUUGUUCUGGUGGGGAUCUGCGCAAAGUGCUGAACAAGCCAGAGAACUGUGUAGGGCUGAAGCAGUAUGACAUCAGAUGUCUGGUGAGAGAUAUUGCUUCCGCUGUAGAGUACCUCCACAAAAAGAGAAUCAUACACAGAGACCUCAAGCCUGAGAACAUCGUGCUACAUCCCACUGAAGAGCAGACUGUAUACAAGGUGAUAGAUUUAGGUUAUGCCAAGGAAUUAGACCAGAGCAGCAUGUGUACAUCAUUUGUUGGAACCAUGCAGUAUCUUGCCCCAGAGCUGUUUGCCAGCCAGAAGUACACAUGUACUGUAGACUACUGGUCGUUUGGUACCGUGGUGUUUGAGUGUAUCACAGGAUUCCGUCCAUUCUUGCCUCAUGUCCCUCCAGUUACUUGGCAUAAAGAAGUCUACCAGAAAUCACAAGAUGACAUCACUGGGUUUUAUAACUCUGACGGGGAGGUGGUGUUUUCUCAGAAAAUUCUCACACCCACACACCUCUGCAGAAGUAUGCAGGCCUACUUUGAGCAGUGGUUGAGUCUGAUGCUGAGGUGGGACUCACAGUUAAGAGGAGGAGGGCGGGAUGGGAGGCCGCACUGCUUCCGUGUCCUUGACACAAUGCUGAAUGUCAAGAUCCUCCAUAUUCUGUAUGUACCAUGUAACCAACUCCUCUCUUAUCCCCUGGUGGAAAACUACUCCAUACAAGAGCUACAAGAAAAGAUUGAGAAAGAGACAGGGGUCAAAGUUGAAGAUCAAGACAUUCUAUUGGCUAGUGGGGCAUCACCCGACCCAAACCUUGGUGCUCAUCAGUGUUGGACUGCUCCCGGUGAAGAGGACUGGGUUGUGUUUCUGUUUGCCAAGGGAGAGAAUCAAGGAGGAGGAACUCAAAUACAAAAGCCAAUACCCACCAACGUCCAGGGCAUCUUCAAGGAGCCCACUAUAGUUCUACCAUUUCAGGAACAAAAGAAAGCCUGGGCAGAAGCUGUAUAUUUCUGUAACCAACAAGUCGUAGAUUUCAGGAGACUGAUUCAGAGUCAAAGGGCAGCAAUGUUGAGCAUGCUAAGAACACACAAUGAUUUUGCCAAACGAGAAAAGAAAAUGGUUAGCAAUUGUGAGCAUCUUGUGUCCAAGUUAGAUUACUUUGAGGAAUGUCUUCAACAUGACUUGGAAUUGUAUGGUAUUCAGAGUAGAGAUGGAGGAAUCAGUGCAGAAAAGGUUGUUGCAAAAUGGAAGAAAGUAGGAGAAGAAAUGAAGCUGUACCACAGUCUGAGGGAAAAUGUGCAGACUCUUCAUCAACAGUCCCUGGCGUUGCAGACCAAGAUCUUAGAAUUACAGAAAAGUCCAUUCGCCCGCACCAAACAACACGAGGUUUUGGAAAAUCUGGAAAGCAUUGCCAAAAGAUGUACUGAGUUGUAUCAGGAAAUGAGACAAGCAGGAAAAGGUGGCCGAGAAGAAUACAAGGACCAUAAGCCCAUGGUGAAACUGGUGGUCAAGUGUAUAUACACUCGUGACCAGAGUCUACAAGACCUCUACACGCAUCUUGGUAAAAUCUGUGCCUGUAAGCACGAGCUGUUCCAGUUAUUACCCAGCAUUCAGCAGUGCCGUGAACAAAUUGAUGGCACCACACAAAGACUUCUCCAGGCUCACAAACAGAGGCAGUCUGAGAUAUGGAGUCUAGUCCAGAUGGCUGAGGGAAUGACAAGACAGGACUCCAGAAGCAGUGGACAUGCCAGCAUGCUGUUAUCUAUGUAUGGUGGGGCCUCACUCGACUCCAUCAAAAUGUGUGAUGACAACAGAGAAACUGUACAAAAGUGUGAUGACAUGAUAAAGAGUCUGAUUGAUGAGCACGAGGAACUUCUCUCCUCCAUGGAUUGGAGUUUCUUACCGCCUGAGAAAUCCAAGGAACCGUGACCAGAAACUCGCCAUGCAAUUCUACUAGGUUCUUCUAUCAUUGUCCAGUAUGACUGAAAUUGCUACCUCUGACACUUGAUUUUUUGUUGUGUUUUUUUGUGGGUUUUUUUUUCGUCUGUAUAUAUGGCCUUGUAUUUAUGUUCAAUGCUUACAAAUUUCUGACCAAAGACAUAAGGGUUUUUGGGUGUGAAAUAUUGCUGUAAAUGUUAAAUAGUGGACAUUGCAAAAAAAAGAAAAAGAAGAAAAUGAUUGCAAUACUCUGUCGGGCAAACGUGUUUUCUGAACUCUGGUUGAAAGAUACUUUGAGGUGAAAUUUAUAUAAAAGAUUGAUUAGAUCCUCUCAGUCUCGCCACAUUCCUACGAGAGGCCAUUUAGUUUUGAACCCUUACAGAGACUUGUACAUUCCAUCACUUUUAUCAUCAGGUACUGCUAGUUGCAUGUAUUAAACUUUUAAAAAGGUCAGGUUAAUUCUGUCUACUGGAUGUGUUAGUGUAUUUUUUGAGGUGUGAAAGACUUAAUUUAAAGAUUGAAAAUCAAAAUUAUUGAAUUUAGCAUUGUGAUUAUAAUUAUAAAUGGCAAAUAAAAGGUAAUUAGUAUACUUUAAUUAUUAUGAAUAAUAUAAUUGAUGCUAUUUUCUAGCUGUCCUAAUAAAGACUGAAUUGUAAAAUUUUCGUAAAUUAAUGUAUUUGUAUAGUUUUUUUAACAAGUAAAAUCAGUUAUUGAUUUUUAAAAUGAUAUACAUGUAAAUACACAUAUGCAUGUAAAAGAUGCGUUGACUAUUUAUUAUUUUUCAUAAGAUGUAUUUGAUUAAUCCAUUGCCUUAUAAAUUAAUGUUCAGUUAUUCUUUAUUUGAUGUUGUUUGCUAUUCUGCUUUUUAGAGGGCUUUUGAUGUAUUAAUGUUCUUGAAUUCAAGAAAUAUUAGUACAUGUAUAUUUGUUUAACAUUUUUAGUGUACGUUAUCACAUGCAUAAUAUUUUUUUGUACAAUUUUUUUUUGAUUCUGUGUUGGAGGGAGGGAAUAAGAUGAACAUAUCAAAACUGACUGUUUUGUAUUUAUAAUCAUUGCAACUUGAAAUUGCAUUGAUAGCAGCUUAGUAUUUGCCUAUCCGCAUGACAGUAUAUAUGCACUUCAGUUGAGAUUUACUAAUCACCAGAUAUUGAAUAUGACAAAAUACUAAUACAAAAUAAAAAAAAAGUAAAUUAUUAUUGUAAUUUGGUCAUACUGCAUGAAAAACUACCUUAAUUUCCCCUUUUAAAGUAGGCAUUACUUUUUUGUUUUAAUGUUGUUGAACCAUACAUUUAUUGUUUGAACAGUCUGUUUGCAAAGUACAUGUCAAAUAUGUGUGGCAAGUGACUUAAUGACCUUGUUGAAAGUCACCAGGUCAAAAGUCACCAGUUUUCUGGAGUAAAAUGAUAUUAAGUUCUAGACAACUUUAAUAGAAAUUGUUUCAGGCACUAAAUUUAAGGAGGCAUGGGAGUUUUUGAGAUAUAAGAAUUGAUGAAAGUUGUCUUAUUUCUAACAUAAUUACUGGUCUAAAUGUUCACAAUUUAUUUUUUUUAGCAUUAAAUUACAUCCAAGAAUUGUG